UUCCUAUAAAAAGUCUCUGCUGGAAGAAGAGCUGUUUUUUGUUUAAAGUCCCUGAGCAUUUCAAACCCAAACUCACUCAUUUUAAUGUCCUGCACAUUAAAUGCUGUACCGCAGUGCUCAAGAUGUGCUGGUACUGAUGGGACAUUCUGCUGGUGUCCUCUGUUCAUGAAUUUGUCUUCCUCUCUGUAUAUAGAAAGAUUAAACUUCCGUUGGUUUUCAGUUUCAGUUGCUGGUGACAUGUAAACCGAACUGGGUGUUCUCCUUUUCCAACAGAGAGACUUUGCUAGAGAUGAUGCUGCUGGAAGUGAAUGGGACUAGACUCCAGUCACGUUGUGUUUGUCUUCAAAACGAAACCUAAUGUGUGGGGGCAAAAUACGGUGCUGUGUAACUGAAACUUGUUUCACAUGAAAUCAUUACUGUGAUGUGUGUUUGCUUAUCGCCCCGCCUUAGACUAGACAGGUUUGCUUCCUGUGAAGAUCAUCUGAGAAUGGAGAGAUGGGCAAAUCUCCGUGUUUGAAAGGAGGUUGUGACUCAGUCAGCGCUGUGAAACUUUUGACAGUCUGAAGAAGGUUAUGAGAACGGUGUAGUUCAGUAAAAUUCACUUCCUGCCAGGGCAGUUGUUGUCACUGUUUGUUUAUCACCAAGUCUGAAAGCCAAAAAGCAGUGUCAAAAGUUCAGUUGAUUAUGGGUGCAAGAGUGAGUAGCAGAGUUUGUGUGAAAGGCACAAGGGGAGACGGAUGUGCAGCAGCCUAGAAUUAAACCAAAACCACUAAAAUUUGGUAAGGGAAGGAGACUUUUCUCUGGUUCAGCAUGAUCAGAUUUCUCAACUGCCUCUUGCUGUCAUGUGGCCUUGGUAUUGUCUCCAGGGUGGUCUGUCCCUUUCCUACUCAUUGAUUUGUCUUUAGAGCCGAGAAAGCUGCUGCUUUCCUUUCCUACCCUCACUGCUCUUCAUGAGAAAUACUUCUCAUGAUGUUUUUCCUGCUGUUGUUCUCAAAUGGAUGGGUACACCUAUGCUGUCUUUUGUCCUGCCCAGUACAAACAACUUUUAUUCCCUCAUUGCUUGGCGUGGAACCAAGUGCUUGGUACCCAGAAGUGCCACCAGAAAUGGGAAAUACGGGCUUGGAUAAUGUAUGUUAAUGGGAAGCAUCCUUGCUUCAAGAUGGUUCACUCUUUACCAGAUGUAAAGCAAAGAAAGCGUUGUAGGCUACUAAGGGACCUGAUCAAUAUGAUACCUGUAAUAGUGCCAGAAUGAAAAAUCCCAAGCCCUUCUCCAUACGUAGCCGUCCUUACAGUGCAGAAUCUUGGAGAUUUCUCAUAUAACUCUUCGAUGGUUUUGACUGACUCUGCCAUAGGACAUACAGUUUAUUUGAACUUACAUGUAUAUUCUUUAUAGAAAUUGUUCUGAUUUGGUGAUGGAUUAAGUGGAGAGGUGCUCAUGGCUCCAGCUGUUCUGAGAGUAUGUAUUUUUUAAGGGUAUUUCCUUUCUGAACAUUUCCCUACCUGAGCAGAAAUUACGUUUAAAUGUAUUCAGACACGGUUGAAUGCAUCCUCCUGUUCUGCUUUGCCAGUGAUGCAUGGAGUGUUGCAGAGUUUUGUGCUUUGAAUAAUCAAACAGCAUACUAAACAAGGAAGCUGCCUUCUACUUGAAGGGAUGAGUCAAACAUUAGAUGGACUGACCUUUUAUUUUAUGUCUUAUGUGAGAUGUUUUACACUAGGGUUCUCAGAAAUGUUCUGGCAUUACUCAAUUUGUUUUUUUCCCCGCCUUCUUCUGCAGUGCUUGUUGGAUGAGUACUAGCCCUCAGUGUUACGUAGGCAAGGCAUAUAUAUAUACACACAUGCACACAAAUGUUCGGAAGUAAGGAUAGCAUAUAUGCCGUUUAUGAGCAGAGUUCAUCACUGCCAGAGGAACAAUUAUCCUUUGCUGUGAGGACACACCUGGAGAAGGUAGGACAUUAAAUGCCAAGUGCUACAUCUAGAGCUUUGGUGCUAGCAUUAUUAACCAGUAUCCAUGUGGGUGGCACAGAGUUAGGAUGUCCCAAAGGGUUGAAAGGAGUAGAACUCUGUCAGCACUUGCCAGAGGCAUGCUGCUGAGAGGAAGCUGUCCUCUAGGAUCAAAAGAGUGUAUUAGUUACAUGAUGCCGCUAGCCACGCUGAACAGCAGCUGCUGCUGUACUUUUCUAUGGAAGUGUUAAAGGCAAAAGCAGAAAGUCUGUGUCAGCAAACAUGAGAAUAAUGGGUGUGAUAUAAAGCAACUAGAUGAGCUGGGUCAGCUGCUCUGCAUGUCACAGUUCCAAAGCUCCCUGGAAGCAUGGUUGGGAACACAGGCUGGUGUUGCAGCAAACCAAAAUUUUGUUCACCUUUCUGCUCUCAGCUUUGCUGUUUACAGAAGAUUUUGCUGAUAUUUGGCCACAGAAGUUAAAAGUUUCUUCUGAGAUUCAGCUAAAGUUGUGGGCGGUCAGGAUCUCUGAUAGUUAGGAUGAUUAUGAAUAUGGAUGUUGUAACCUUAAGUGCUAAAGGACAGAUCCCAAGAAAAUGGGAAAUUCGUGCUUCCACUGCUUUUACAGAGCUUGGACAAUCUUCAGAGUAAAGAAUAUAUCUUUUAAAUUCUCAGCCAGAGUCUUUAAAAAAAGUGUUUUUUCAGGGAGGUAUUGGCUGAAGCUCUGAGUGCCGUCCAGGCAUAUUCCCUAUAGGCUUAUUGUUAACUUCAGUGGGAGACUCUGGGGCAAGUUCCCUGCGUGGCCUUGAAAAUUUCAGUGCCGGAAGAUGUUCGUGACCUUUUGGGCCAAGAAUCUAAGCACUGGAAAUUCAGGGCAAGGCUCUCCACCUAACAGUACUUUCAUUUAUUUUGUGAGAAAACACAUGUACGUACUUCUUUUCAGGAUAUUGUUGUUUGCUAAAGCACCCACGAGAAAAACAGGAGUCAGCAUUGAGUUUUUAUUUCUGAAAUACACUUCGGUGUUUAAUUAAAGACUCGAGCUUGUACCUGCAAGUGCAGUUUUCGUAAUGUAUGUUAAGAGACUAACAAACAUUAACAGUGCCCAAUACAGUCACUUGUUCAUUUUGACUGUUUAUUUGUCUACUUAAAGUUCUGUUGUAUUACAAGAAUGGCUGUAAAAGAUGUCCUGGCAUCAUUUGUUCUGCUCACCCUAAAAUGUACUAUUUUGCAUGCAAACAUUUGUUUUAUUCCAUGCAGGAGUAGCUCCAUAUAGAUACUAGCUCAUGAAAUCAGGAGAGCUGGACAAUGUUGUCCAAGAUUAAUCCUCUCUUAGGGAAAGAGGCUCUCGGGGAAUCCUUUGAUGGUCCAGUUACUUGUACUGAAAGUGAAGAAUUUUCUGCAGCUUCUUCAGAUUUUUAUUUUAAGAUUGAGGAACCAGACCACUUCAUGGCAUCUAACAUGAUGAGCAGGAGAGCACAGGAUGCUAAUUUAGUGGAAAGAGGUACAUCAGAUGGCAAAUAUGCUGACAAGGGUAACGUGCAAAGAAUAGAGGAUCAAAUCCAUCCAGCCUGCACGUUCACAACUUCCAUCUACAGCUUUUAACCUCUCUGCUAUGCUUGGCUCCUUUCCACUAGAAAUCAUAAUGACUGGAAGAGACGUGCACAGACUACUCUCCAUCCAUACCAAAAGACACGGUGGGACGCACUGAUUGCUGACAGUCUAGUUCAGUAACAUUGCUGAGUGGAAUACAGGUGAUGUAUUUUCAUAUACAGCUGUGUCUGGCUCCUGCUCAUACACAGGACUGAGGUCAAACAGCAGGCAGAAGGUGGAACAAGAUUUCCAGGUAAUUUGGGAAAGAGUUUAAAACAAUACAGCUACAGGUAGGGUCAGAUGGGAGGUUUUCAAACUGCCCCACCAACUCACAACAGUGUUACAAGUAUGGCUGCUGACUGGCUGCUGACUCAGCUUCUUGGGAAUAAGGCUGUGUAUUCAGGAGAUUUAAACCUCCAGUUUUGAAAGCACUUUCUUUUUCAUACUGUUUUUUAGUUUCAAAGCCUAUUGAAAAGGUUUGGUUGUUUUUAAAAUAAAAAUCAGACAGGUGUGAACAGGUGAAAGGGUUAUAAUGAUUUGAUCAAGUAUUAAGGAAGUUCAGCACAUGCAAUAAUCAGUUCUCAGAUAUUUGCUUUUCACCAUAGGUCUGAGUAUUUCAAUUGCUCACCAGUUCUUCUGCGGAGCAGCAAAAUGAGAAUUUCUGCUUCAUACAUGAAUACUGAACACAAUUGGGUCUCCAAACCAUUUUCUGCAUUAAAUCUGUGUCUCUGUCCAUUGUUCAUAUUCUUGUAGCUGUGAAGGUCAGUGACUGCAAAAAAGACAAGGUUUGGAGGGAGAGCCAAUAUUUUUCAUCUGGAGAAAAAGUAGAGAAGUUGUUAGGCACUUACAUCCUAGGUUUGAAAUGUACCAUGAUAAUGUCCAGUGGGAAAUUGUAUUUUUGUUUCCAAGGCUAUCGUUUGAAGAUUUUUCUUUCAUUUGCCCUUGAGAAGCAAGCCUUGUAGAUCAAUUGUAGAGCAGUUUUAAAACAACUAAGGAGGGCUCUGUGCGGGAGGACAGUGUAAUCUGUGUUUGUUUGGUUUCUCACAGGGAAUGCUGAUGACCUACAACUUUAAUGAGAGUAACAAUCAAUGGUUCCUAAUUGAGAUCAGUUUCCUAGUGUGCCUGAGGCAGUGACUUGCAGUCUCAGAAGGGAAGGCUUCCAAAUACUGUCAUUUCAGCAUGGGAACCAUUUAUUGAACUUAGUAGCAUGAUAAACUUUUUCAGUCAACCUUGUUACUGUUUAUGGGCAUGAUCUGUCUUCUGAGUUUCUUAAUCAUUUUUUUAUUUCUCCAUGCAAAAGAUGCUCACCACUUGUAGCAAAAGGUGAUGGCUGCUAAUAUUUAGCAUAACUACUGACAUACAUGUAUGAGGCAUGAAAAAUGGGUUGUGUGAUCACUUUUUGCUGUUUUCAGUGGGAGGAUGAGAAACAUCUGUCUUGAAUGUUCCAAGAAAAAAAAAAUCUCAGUAUGCAGUUUCAUGUGUGAAUCUGUGGUCAUCAGCAAGAUGGAAUGUGAUCUCUUGGGGAUGAUUGUAUCAUUUUUCAGAGUGAGGCAAAGAGGGCAAUGACUAUUGGAGGGUUUUGAGUAAUGGCUUUGUAACGCUUAAUGCAUUCCAUGUUUUGUUAGCUUUUGGUUUGUCUUAAUGUUUUUCCUGCUUAGGGAGGGGAAAUAUUCACAUGCCAGAAUGUCAUUCAUGUUUUAGCAUGUUAUGAAAAGACUGUCAUUCAUGUUCUAGCAUGUUAUGAAAACACCCUGGAGAGCCUAGAAUAGCCUGGAGAGAGACUCAGAAUAGCUGUAUAUAGCUUUUAAGCCCAGGUAAAAGUCAGUUGGUAACUCAUUUUGACAUAAAUUUGCAGAAUGUAAAGCCUUGAAAACACAGUGACAGAUAUCAGAUUAGAAUCAGAGGUGGGUCCACUCCUCCUGUGAGUGCCGUCCCCCUCUGCUGGUUAAAGAAAAACGUUAAAAGCUGAGAUUCAAUUUAGUUUUUACAUUUAUUUUAAUGAUCCAGAACUCUUCUGGAGAAGACAUACCUCAUCCCAAUAUACAAGGAAUUUCUAACAGGACUGGGCAGGGCAAGAUCCCUGUAAGCUCCUCAGAGGAAGAAUAUCGCCAUGCCUUUGUUGCCAUGCCUGAAAAAAAAGAAGCCACUUGGGUCUUUGGGAAAGAGUAUCUUUCAAAAACACAACCCACCUGUCCAGCAGAACUACCAGGCCUUGCUGGAGACGUGCUUGAGGAAUAAACAACUGUUCACUGAUGAGAGUUUCCCUGCUGACAUCAGCUCUAUUGGAACGGGAGCAAUAGUGAAGAAACUCCCCCGAAAUGUACAGUGGAAGAGGCCACAUGCUUUGCACAGAACUCCAGUAUUUUAUGCUGCGAACAGAAAGCAACUUGACCUCUGCCAAGGAUUAGUGGGGAACUGCUGGUUCCUGGCUGCUCUGCAAGCCCUAACAUUCCACCAGGACAUCUUAGCUGCAGUCGUGCCACAAAACCAGAGCUUUGAGAGGAAAUAUGCUGGCAUUUUCCACUUCCGGUUCUGGCACUUUGGUGAAUGGGUUGACGUGGUGGUUGAUGAUCGCCUGCUUGUGAACGAGGCGGGGGAGCUGGUCUUUGUUUCUUCAGUCUAUAAGAAUGUGUUCUGGGGAGCCCUUUUGGAGAAGGCGUAUGCUAAACUUUAUGGCUCCUAUGAAGAUCUACAGAUUGGGCAAGUUUCAGAAGCCUUGGUGGAUUUCACAGGUGGUGUUAAUAUAAGGAUCCAGCUUCCAGCAGCUCCUCCUGAUCUGUGGGAUAUCCUGACAAGAGCAACCUACAGCAGAUCUCUCAUGUGCUGUCAGACACAGUUAGGGGCAGCAAAGGUCUUGAAGAAUGGACUUGUUGCUGGCCAUGCUUACACAGUAACUGGUAUUAGAAAGGUGACCUGCCAAUAUGGACCAGAAAACCUAGUGAGACUGAGAAAUCCAUGGGGGAAAAUUGAAUGGAACGGAGACUGGAGUGACAGCUCUUACAAGUGGGAGUUGCUGAGCCCAAAGGAGAAAAUUUUGCUGAGGAAAAAGAAGGAAGAUGGAGAGUUCUGGAUGUCUCUGCAAGAUUUUAAGAUUCAUUUUGUAGACGUUGUGAUCUGUAAAUUAACUCCAGACCUGGUGAGCCAGGAAGAUGGGAAAAAGUGGAUGUAUUCCCUGAAGAAUGGGAGAUGGGUUAAAGGAAGCACAGCAGGAGGAAGUCUGGGAUUCUCCAAGGGCAUGUUUUGGAUGAACCCCCAGUACUGGUUGAAUAUUUUAGCCAGUGAAGACAGUAAGAGAAACCUGGGUUCCUGCAGUGUGGUUAUAUCCCUGAUGCAGAAACACAGCAGCAAACACCGGAACCGAGCUCCUCACCUCUUCAUUGGCUUUUCACUCUACAAGGUGGCCCUACAGCAAGAGGAAAUCAAUCAAAAGCUGCCUCCAGCAUUCUUCACCCGGCACCAGCCUGUGAACAAGCGCCAGGUCUUCCUUGAUGAACGGGAAGUGACUUGUGACUUCCACCUGGAGCCUGGUGUCUAUGUGAUUGUGCCAUCCACUCUGGAGCCUCAGCAGGAGUCUGAAUUCAUUCUACGUGUCUUUUCCAGGAAGCACAUCCUUCGGGAAAUGGGUGGGAACACCAGUUUCAUCCUCUCCAAGAAUAUCCUGAAGGAAAUUGUUGAUAGGUAUGAAGGCAAGAUCUGGGAGGACUUCUUCACAAAACAUUUUGAACAGAAUCCUGAAAUAAAUGCUGUUCAGCUCCAGAGGAUCCUGAAUAAUGUAUCUUGGAGACAUUUUUGGAGUUUUCACCUGAAUUUCAGUCUGGACGCCUGCCAGAGUAUCCUGGCACUCCUGGAUCUGAAUGCCACUGGCACGCUGAGUAUCCAGGAGUUCCGAGUCCUGUGGAAAAGGCUGCUUUUCUACAUGGAAGUUUUCCAGAAAAGAGACACUAACAGAUCAGGAAAGCUAGACCUGGUAGAACUGCGUGCAGCUGUACAGGAGACAGGCAUUUCACUCAGCAAUGAAGUCUGUAAUUUGAUGGCAAUCAGAUAUGGUGACCCUGACUUGAAGAUCAGUUUUGAGAGCUUCAUGUGUUUCAUGCUUCGAGUAGAGAUCAUGGGAGAGGCCUUUCGCAACUUAACACAAGAUGGUAAAGGGAUAUACCUGCGGGAAUCUGAGUGGAUGAUGAUGACACUGUAUUCCUGAAGGAGUUCUGCAAAGGAGGGGACAGCAAGACCUGUACUGCAAUAGGAAAGGCUACUUUCUAUCAACUUGCUGUGUACGUUGGAGUCUGGGCUCUUCUCUGCAGUUUACUUCAUAAGCAGUCUUCCCCUCAAGCAGACUUGACCUACUGACCACAGACCUGUUGCACUGAUAUUUUUGUAAUGAAUACGUUUAUUUGAGUCCUAUUGCACUUCAGACAACCCUUCUGAGAAGAGACUGCUGGAUGCCAACUGCUAUGGGUGCACCAUGGAGCAUAGAGGCUGAGUUGUUGGAAUCACCUAUUUAAUGCUAAUGUUACUGUGUUACUAUUAUAAUUUGACAUGUGCUGUGGCAGUAUCCAAAGGCUGUGCUUGAUGAUGCAGCUUUGUUGGGGCAUGUAACUCUGAAUCUAGGAGAGAAACAGCCCCUGCCUGAACUGUCUUGUCAUUUAAUAGAGAAAAUCCAUAUUCUGUAGUUGCUUGACCCAUGAUAGAGAGCUGGAGUCUGUGUGCUUGUCAGGGCAAGGGGUUGGGGAACUCUUCCUUGGCCAUGACUUGGAAAGAUCAUUUGCAAGCAUUCAAACCAUCUCUUUUGCUUUCAUGCAUCAGCAUAGCUCUAUUGAAGUGAACCUAAGGUGAUCUGACCAGUUUGUGGAUCAAGCCUCCAGCUCUUAGUUGAGAUGGAGCUUGUGAUGUUUGCAGAUUUAGUUAAGAGCAGGGGGUUAUCUCCACGAGUUGGAAAGCACAAUACAGUGAGAAAUAAAUGAAUCCAAUGUUAUCUUUAAAUCACUGGAGACUGGCGGGGAAUAGAUGUUCACUGUAGCAUAAUACAGACAGGAGCAGUCUGGCAAACAGACUGGUAAACCAUUUGGGUGUUUGUUGGUUCUUUUUGUGAAGCAGAAUGAGAUAGUGUUUAUGUGUGAGUUGUUAACUGAUUCAGGCACGUACAGGCUGUAGUGUUAGAGAACACACUUGAGGCUAUUCCCACCAGACUCUGUGUUGAAGUUAGUUGAUGCAUCUCUCUGUAGGACCCUUCUUCAUUUUCUUACUAUUUAUUUAUUUGGCCUGGAAAUUUCCACAGUAAGUGCCUGUUACAGGUUGCUGCUUUGGCUUUUGCAUUCCAACGGACAGCGCAAUUGUUCUUUCACUUGUGCACAGUCUCCUUAGACCACUGAAUGCAACAGGGUUCUAAGCAGGAAUUAUUAUAUAAUGGAAGAAGAUACUGUAGUGCCUUUGUGGGAAGGAGUUGUAACAAGUUUGCAUAGGCUUAUGCCUAUACAUGAACCUGAGCUCAGGGAUGUGCUUCCUACUGCACUGAAGCCUGUGCAACAAGCGUAUUUAGAGAGAAACUCCAUUGUCUAUGUGUUCCAAAUCAGGAGGCAUUAAACAGCACAAACAACAGUGUGCUCUUUAUUCGCCAGAACAACCUGUUCCUAAGAGUAUUAUUUUCAUGCUCUUUUUAUGAGAAAACUGUUAGAACCAGAUAAAUAGCUGUAUUUUUCGCUGUUUAUAACAUGGCAUAUUUACCACUUAUUGUGCUGUGUUAUUGUCUGUCACUGGAGCCCAAGGGUUCAGAACUGUGGGGCAUAACAAGUCAGAAGGAGCAGGGACAUCCAGGAUCCUUGAGCACAUGUCAUGGUGCUAUCAUCUUGCUGGGCUCGCAAAGAGGCUAUUACAUUACAAAGCAAUGCCCUUUCCCAGUUGCCAUGCCUCUGUUCCCUUUUGUGACUUGCAGCUGAACACAAUGGAGCAAACUAAAUAAGCCUGAUUUAAUUUGCACUCAGCUCAGUGGGUGAUGUUAUAAACACUGAUUUACUACAUGUAGGAACAGCACUAGAAGAACCAAAAAGGUUGUAGGAGAGAACAUAGGUCUUGCUCUAUCAGCGUGCUCUGAAGGAGAUGAACCCAAUGAGGGUGGCCCUAGGCUGACAUGAGUGUCAGCGUGCAGAGUUCUCAGCAGUGCUCUGCUGGACAUGAUGAGAAGUAAAUCUGUCAGUCCCAACUGGGUUUGCAACACAGUGCUUGUUGUCAGUGCUGCAGGAAGCAUUCGAGGCCAGAAGGAUGCUGGACAAAGCUUCAGUAGCCACUGCCCCCAGCCUUGUGCAGAACUGUGGUGCAGGACACCCAGUUUCACGUGACAGUUCAUUUCA